CGAAAUGUUAACUAAUUGUCGUCUGUGUCUAGCAAAGGAUGCGAACUUUCUGAUAUCUAAUGGACAAGCGGCCAUACGGAUUCUAUCAUGCACAGGUCUCGAAGUCAAUUCCAACGAUAAACUGCCGCAAUUAAUUUGCGAAGCUUGUCGACUGCGUCUGGAGGAGUUUCAUUAUUUUCGAAGACGCUGCCACGAAGCCGAUCGCCGAUUGAGGCAUUUAAGACGCUACGGCGAAACAAAAGAUAAGCAAAAAUGCUAUGGCGACGACGAGGAGGCACUGCAUCUCAAGGAUGUUGCGCACUGUUCGAACACAGUAUGCUCGGAGAGCAACGCUUUGUGGCGCAAGGAGGCAGUCCAGACGAUCCGCAGCGAGAUCGAGGCGUACAAAAAGGAAUUGCUUGGCCUAUGCAAGCAACAGGUGCGUGAGGAGAUCGAGCAACAAGUGCGUAAAGAAGUGGAGGAGCUGAUCCUUGCACAAGCCAAAAAGGAUUGCCGUCUGAGCGUGUUGGAUGAUCUUUUCUACGAAAUGGAAAGCUUUUUUGUUAAGAAACGCAACGAGACGGUUUGUGAGCUGGCCUGCGGCUCAGAUGGAUUCGUGUCGGAUCUGGAGACAGCUCAAAAUGAUUGCGAUGUCGGAUUGUCGUCGUCCAUAGAGUACGCAGAUGUGGAUCCCAAUGAAAUGGCAAUACUAGAAGUGAUUGACGAUGAACCCAUCCAGCAAACCCAGACACCCACAGUGAUCACAGUCAACUCGGAGGGCGGUGGAUCCAAUAAAGAAACAGUUGCUGAGCCUGCUACAAAUGUGCCAUUGGCAAUGGUUGAAAUUAACAUGGAAAAUGCACAGCACAGUCAUCUGCGAGAGGAUCUAAAAAGUACACAUUUUCUUCCGGGCACAGCGGCAGCAAGCACUACAACCAAAGAGCGGACUCAGCAGUCCGAAAUAAUGUCUCGACAAGUAGAUAGGCUUAAAAGCAUCGCCUGUGAAAAAAUUAGGAAACUAGAUUCUCCAUACAAUUUCAGGCUAGAGACAGUUUGUAAGCAGCACAUGCCUGACAUAAAGAGGCAGCGUAAAUCGUAUGAAGAAAAAGAUCGAGGCCGAGACUGUUAUCGAUAUCGUCUGAGAGGUUCACAAACCAACAACUGAAAUAAUCUUUUUAUACAUAUGCACUAUAAAUAAUAAAUAAAUAUUUUUUUUUUCAAAUAUA